AUGGAAGUAGACGAGAAAUUCAAGGUCACAGGCAACAUGCAAGCUUCUGACUAUGAUGAGGCCAUGAACCUUGAUGUUGAUCCGGAGAUGGAAAUGGACACAGAAGAAGACUUCACCCAAGAUCGAUUCUUUCCCAAUCCAGGCGAAGACGAAACAGAGUUCGGCGUGAACUGGUGUAUAAACGGUGUCCUAGCUGCAUUCGCAGCAAAAGAGGCUGCUCAGGCAGUCAUCUCCGAAGCCAUAGCAUCUUCUUCAUCACGAUCCAUUUCCAAGCCAUGCACUUCUAAGACAAACAUCCUAUCCCACUCGCGGGAUGAGACAGGUAAGGGUGAAUCAAAAGUGGCAGGCAAGAAGACAAAGCACAGUUCUUCUCAUUCAGGAGGUAAAAAUAAGACGGGAGUGGUGGCGGAAAAGAAGACGGCGAGCUCGAAAUCGUGCUCUGGAAUCAGGAAGAGAUCGUCUGUGGUAUCGCACUCGGUAUUAAGAUGGAUUUUGCCGAAGCCGAAACAAGAUCCAGGUCCAGUUCGAGACCGAGAGCUUGCACGAGGACAGUCUAUUGAUUAUGUACGACUUGUCAAUGCUGUUGACCAGGUAUGUAAUGGCUCUUCCGGCUUCACCUGUACCAAGUCCGUCUAA